AUAAUGUCACUUUCCAAGAUAUGUAAUACCAGUGCGGUUUUCCAACGGGCGGUUUCUUCCUCGCCACCGAUAGCAUCGAAGCCCAUCAAAAGAGUUGUUUUACUUAUCUCUGGAUUCCGUCAGAGCGUUCUUUCAUUUGUAGUGGUGAAGCGAUCGACAGACCUUGUUGACUGCAGGCAAACAAUAUUAUGGACGGAGGUAAUACCAUGGUACAGAAAUACCCGCUGCACUUACUAGGGAAUAAACACAAAUAAUAGAAAUUUCAGCAGGCCUUAGUAGUGCAGUGCAAAGUCUGCUAAAAGCUAUCCAAGAACAUAACAUCUCAUCAGUGCUAAUAAUUCUACGUCAUACUUCCAAGCACAGUUGUUAUACUUACCAGAAUAUAUAAGCACGUACUUACCUUUUUCCUGGAGUGUAGCUCCCUAAUUAUAAGUAAAACAAGUUUGUGAAUAUUUUGUAAACUAUACAAAAUAAUCAAAAAUAUAACGCUGAAUUAUGACUUUGAAUUAAAACAAAUUUUGCACCCUUAACGCACAGAAAAAACGCAGGAUGUGCUAAUAUAAUAUAAAAUCUGACUCACCUAUCAUCUGUCUCGGAAGUUUCAACUGGAGCAGUCGAUGUACUACCUAAAAAAUAUACUUUAU